AUGAGGGCGGGACUUCUGAAGAGUGGCAGGACUGCCAUUAGGAGUUCACACCCCGCACUCUUCCAGCCCCAAUGCACCCGAACUCUCGCAACAAUAAACUCCAAAUCAACCUUCGAAUACAAACCCGACAUAGCCUCCCGAACCCCUCCAUAUCCCAAGCUCCUCAAACGCCUUCAAGAAGUCCGCCGCGUCCUGGGACCAUCUCGCAAACUCACCUUGGCCGAAAAGAUUUUAUAUUCGCAUCUAGACAACCCUGAAGAAGCACUUCUCUCAAAUACAGACAAUGGACUCAACAUCAGAGGCAAUGCGAAUCUUAUGCUCAAGCCAGAUAGAGUCGCCAUGCAAGAUGCGUCUGCGCAAAUGGCCUUGUUGCAAUUCAUGACCUGCAAUCUUCCCUCGACUGCGGUCCCUGCGAGUAUACAUUGCGACCAUAUGAUUGUGGGGGAGAGGGGCGCGGAUGUGGAUCUACCAGAGUCGAUUAAAGGAAAUAAGGAGGUUUUUGAUUUUCUCGAGAGCGCGGCAAAGAAAUAUGGUAUUGAAUUUUGGCCACCAGGGGCUGGUAUCAUCCACCAAACUGUGUUGGAGAAUUAUGCUGCGCCUGGAUUGAUGAUGCUUGGUACGGAUAGUCAUACUCCCAAUGCUGGCGGUCUGGGAGCUAUUGCUAUUGGUGUUGGUGGUGCUGAUGCUGUGGAUGCUCUUGUGGAUGCUCCGUGGGAAUUGAAAGCUCCCAAGGUUUUGGGUGUUCGAUUAGAGGGACAGUUGAGCGGCUGGGCUUCUCCAAAGGAUGUAAUCCUCUACCUGGCUGGGAAAUUGACCGUUCGUGGCGGAACUGGAUAUAUUAUCGAGUACUACGGACCUGGUGUUGACUCUCUGAGCUGUACCGGAAUGGCUACUAUUUGCAAUAUGGGAGCUGAAGUUGGAGCUACAACAUCUCUGUUCCCAUUUUCGACAAGGCAUAUUCCAUAUUUGGAAUCUACUCACCGAUCAUCUAUUGCGUUGCAAGCUCAGGCGAUAGCCUCUGCAUCAUCGUUGACAAAUCUACUCCGAGCUGAUGAGGGUGCUCAAUAUGACGAGCUCAUUACGAUUGACCUUUCAACCCUUGAACCGCAUAUCAAUGGUCCCAACACCCCUGAUCUUUCCACACCCCUUUCAAAAUUUAAAGAAGCAGUCAAGGUCAACCAAUGGCCAGAAACAGCAUCUGCUGGGCUUAUUGGAAGCUGCACAAACAGCUCUUAUCAAGAUAUGUCACGGGCUGAAGAUCUUGUCAAGCAAGCAACAGCAGCCGGUUUAACUCCAGCAAUGGACUUCUUCGUUACCCCUGGUAGCGAGCAAAUCCGAGCUACUCUAGAUCGAGACCAAACCCUCUCCACAUUCGAACAAGCUGGAGGAGUCGUCCUCGCAAAUGCAUGCGGCCCUUGCAUUGGGCAAUGGAAGCGUACGGAUGGCGUCUCCAACGGCGACGCAAACGCAAUCUUCACCUCCUACAACCGCAACUUCCGCGGCCGCAAUGACGGCAACCCAGACACCAUGAACUUCCUCGCCUCCCCCGAAAUUGUGACUGCCAUGUCCUACGCCGGCAGCACGUCCUUCAACCCCCUAACCGACAGUAUCACAACCCCCACGGGCUCCGAAUUCCGCUUUUCACCCCCAACCGGAGCCGAACUCCCCCCUGCAGGCUUCGAAAUCGGAAACCCAGCCUUCCUCCCCACAUCCGGCGCCCCCAGUCCCGACACCCCUGUAAUAGUAUCCCCUACCUCCGACCGCCUCGCCCUCCUCGCCCCCUUCGCCCCCUUCCCACCCUACGACCUGAGCGGCCUAAAAGUCCUCUAUAAAGUCACCGGCAAAUGCACCACCGACACCAUCUCCGCCGCCGGGCCCUGGCUCAAAUACAAAGGCCACCUCCCCAACAUCUCAGCCAACACGCUGAUCGGCGCUACCAACAAAGCCACCGGCGAAGUAAACGUCGCGUACGACGUCGACGGCUCUCCUUCCUCCAUCCCCGAACUCGCGGAAAAGUGGAAGAGCCAGGGUCUCGAAUGGCUGGUUGUAGCGGAACAUAAUUACGGCGAAGGCUCGGCGCGCGAACACGCUGCGCUGCAACCGCGUUAUCUAGGCGGCAGAGUCAUACUCGCGAAGAGUUUCGCGCGCAUCCACGAGACGAACCUGAAGAAACAGGGGGUAGUACCUCUCACAUUUGCAAAUGAGACGGAUUACGAUAAGAUCGAUGCUUGUGACGAAGUCGAGACGGUAGGUUUAUAUGAUGUGCUGAAGAGCGGCGGCCAGGGCAAGGUUAGUCUCAAGGUCACGAAGAAGGAGACUGGAGAAGUUGUGCAGCUCAAGACGAAACACAGUCUGAGUAAGGACCAAUGUCUGUUUGUGUUGGCGGGCAGCGCGUUGAAUGUACUAGCUAAGAUGAAGAGGAAUUGA